CCAUAGACAAUACUAUUUAUGGCCGCCAUUCAUUCUUUUGAGUUGCUUUUUCGUUUUACGAUUCCAAAAGAGCACGAUUUGUCAUCAAGGUCUACGCAACAGCAUCGCGUUCCUAAUUAAUUACCUACGCAAAAGCAGCUGAAACAAUACAGUCCUAGGUUGGAACCAGGCAUCGUCUUAUCCAGUGUAGUGUAACAGUGACGUGAUCCAUCCGUGAGAUCGUAUCGUACUUCCAAUGAUGCUUUUGCUUCCCUUUUAUGAUAUCGGUUGCGAAGUUGGUUCGACUGCCUGAUGGUGUGGAAACUAUGUGCGAUUAGCGGAUUGAAUAUUGAGGACUCAGUAUGGGGGCCUUUUUAAAUAAGCCAGAAACUAAGAAAUACAACGAGAACGGAGAAGGGAAUGGUCUUCGCUAUGGCGUGGCGUCGAUGCAGGGUUGGCGAGUGGAGAUGGAGGAUGCGCACCACGCGCAGCUAACUUUAAAUGGCACAUUAUCGGACUGGUCUUAUUUCGCUGUGUUCGACGGGCACGCGGGCGCGCGGGUGUCAGCACAUUGUGCGGAAAACCUCCUGGAAUGUAUCUUGCAAACGGACGAGUUUCGGCGCGAGGAGAUAGCGGAGGCUAUCCGUGCCGGUUUCCUAGAUUUGGACAAAAAGAUGCGAGAGCUGCCUGAACUGUCGAACGGAAAAGAAAAGUCUGGGUCGACGGCGGUCUGCGCUUUCGUGUCGCCGAAACAGAUAUAUAUAGCUAAUUGUGGCGAUUCCCGCGCAGUUUUAGCAAGGAAUGGCGUGCCAAUUUUCGCUACUCGGGACCACAAGCCUGAGCUGCCGUCGGAGAAGUCGCGCAUUGUGCAGGCAGGAGGGUCAGUAAUGAUCCAGCGUGUAAAUGGAAGCUUAGCCGUGUCGCGGGCGUUGGGAGAUUAUGAGUACAAGAAAGUGCAGGAUCGCGGUCCAUGUGAGCAACUGGUGUCACCAGAGCCUGAAGUUUCUGUACACGAGCGAUGUGAGACAGAGGAUGAGUUUCUGGUGCUGGCCUGCGAUGGGGUGUGGGAUGUAAUGAGUAAUGAAGCACUGUGUGCAUAUGUGCACUCGCUUCUGCAACUUACGGAUGACCUAGUGGCUAUAACCAAUCAAGUCAUUGACACCUGUCUAUACAAGGGUAGCAAAGAUAACAUGAGCAUCGUACUGGUGGUGUUCCCGGCAGCCCCCAAGCCCAGUGCCGAGGCCCAGCGUGCCGACCGAGAGCUCGACGAGACGCUGCGACAGAGGCUCACAGCGUUGAUCGAGAAGAGCGCCGACACGGAGGAGCGCGAGGAUUCCUCGAGCCACUUCUCCGGCGUGCUGAAGCAGCUGCUGCAGGAGAACAUCCCGGGCCUGCCGCCGGGCGGUGGCCUGGCUGCCAAACAAGCACUACUGGACAAAAUAUACAGGGAGUACUAUCCUGAGCACGCGGACAGCUCGGACACGUUCGACUGCCAGGCCGAGCUGGCCGACGCGUUCGGCGCCAACUAGCCAACCUCGGCCAGCGCCAACACCAACAAUGGUGGCCAGCAUUGCCGAGGGAUGAUAGUUGAUGGUACAAGGAGCGAAAUUACCUGGUAAUUUGUAGCGAUGCGUGACUUCCGUGGAGGUUUCGAGUUUCAUGUUUGUUUUACCAUAUUUAAAUAUUCUGGCCCCGUUAGUUUCAAAUAUGCGUCUGACGUUAUUUUCGAAUAAUAUACUUGAUUGGAGUCGUAUUUAUUUGUUGAUUCCGGAUAUGUAUAGAACUUUUCGAAAACUUCAGAUAUGUCUUUGCAACUAAUGUGGGCAGUGGUGGGAGUCUGAUAUCUCUGUCUGUGAUGGGCGAUGGACCAUUCCGGUCGCACGAAAUAUGUGUGAGAGAGACGGACUGUAUACUAUUCGUAAAUACGCGUAACGCAGCGGACGCAUUAUCGUGCCGUCAUUGUCUCUAUAUGUAAUGUCUAGACAGAUAUCACGAUAGAUAUCACGAGAUUUGAACGCAUCUUACCACAUCAGAACAGUUGAUGUUGCUGAGACAAAUCCGUGACAACGUUAGCAAAUAUUUUCAGCAAAGGCAACAUUUACCAUCAACGAAAUUUCCAUGGAAGUGUAUGAAAUAAUUCUUAGCGACUUAGGGUAUAUUUUUGUUGUUUCCAUAGCAAUGUUUUCAUGUCAAACUUAGAAAUGUUUCUGGCAAAAUUUCCACUACAAUGUUUUGAGUGGCACAUCGCUACAUAGUGCAUACAUCUCAAUCGCGUCUUAUAUUAUUUUCUUAUUUUAUGAGCAAUUUAAUAUAUCUUGGGAUUGUUAUACAGUGUGAGAUUUAGAAGCUUUCAAAUUUCAUUUGAUCAUGUCACUUUUAUAUUUCACUUUAAUAAAAAAUAUAUAAAUUCUUGUGUUAUUUAAAUGUGUUUUUGAUUUAUUCACAAAAAAACCUUUCAAAUAGCUGUUCCAUGCCUAUUUAGUAAACAUUUAAUGCUUACCGCAGAACUCUGUAUGGCAAUUUUGUACUUUGAUUGUUCCAUCUUGAAAUAUGAUGCAAGUAUUGAGGUGUAUGACUUCCGUUUCCGUUGCCACAUUUUUAUUUUUCGACCUAACUUAAUGACGAGUCAUUUAGCUAACAAUAAGUGUCAAAAUUUGUAGUAUAUAUAUAUACCACAUAUAGACAGAUUUAGGAUAAAAUUGUGUUGUGAAUUGCGAAAUUCUAUAGAUUGAAAUUUAGAACAAAAUUAAUUGUGUUUGGUUCAGUUGUUUAAUAUAAAUCUAAUAGAUUUGAAAAAUAAACGUUCGAACAUUUCUAUAUAACAAAAUCUUUCAUUUGGUCAGAUACCACUUUGUAAAUGUGUACGAUUGUGUUUAACUCAGACGAAUACAUAUUCGCAAUACAAAUCUAGCGAGUCUUCACUUGCUUUACUUUAUUUAUUAAAGAUAGCAACACUGUCUCUAUUUUUUGUACAUAAAAAUAGUCUCGAAAGCUAUAAGUUGUAGGUGUGAUUUUGUUUGAUGAUUUCACCCUUAUAUGUUGAUUGUGGUUUAUUCGACUUACGCAGGCUUUGUAUAAAAAUACGCUACGAAACUUACUAUAGAUGUGAUAUAGUGUGUCUAUGGUACGCUACACAGCGUUAACGUUAUCAAAAGGUCGCGAACAUUUCAUGAUUGUAGAAUGAAUGUUGCGUUAGUCUGUUCCAAUUAGAGGCGGGAAAAUGGUCAAUGACAUCUGUCUCUGUCAGUAUAUUGUCAUCGUUUUAAGUUAUCGCAGUUGCCAGUUCUAGCUUCACAGUUCAUCGCAAAGACAAAAAUUACUGUAGUUUAGACAACGUGGCUUGGCAACAUCCUACAAGUCCUUCAUACAAGUCAUCAACUUAAAAAAUACUAGUAUAUUCUCAUUGGAUCCGCAGAUUUUUCCGUUCAAACCAAAUCGUAAUGUUUAUGUGUGGCACAAAUUUUAAUCUCAUUAUAUCCUUGUAGAGACUAACAUUUAGCGAUCAUCAAUAACAUUUGUAUAAAAGUAAACGGGUUCGUUUCUGUUGGUCCAUUCACUUUUUUUUGUAGUUUAGAUAAUAAAUUAUAAUUUAUCGUGUUAUCAUUGGCCGUCAUAAAUGUCAUAAUAUUAGAUGUGUAAUAGUGUAAUAUAGAGAUUUGAGUAUAAUAAUGUUUUAUUUUUAUCCUUUUUGUACAUUACAAUCUGUCUCAUGACAUUCAGCAAUAAUUUUGUCUUGGCGGAUGUUUGCGAGGCGUGCUGUCCUGUGAGCAAAUCCUGGGUUGCCUACUCUUUUUUUAAGUCUGCAAGUGCUUGGAGAUACUUCAAGUGCUAUUUUUGUAUUCAUAUCGUGGAGUGUCGUGCUAUGGUGCGUGGACUAUCAUUCUCAUAAUUUUUGAUCGGAAUCUUUGCGGGAUUACCACAUUUGAAUUAGCCGCCGUACCCCACAGAUGGAUACCUACUGUAUGAAUACAUUUAUGUAAUAACAGCUUGCUUUCCAUGGAGAGCUGGCUGUUUCUGUAGAUUAGCCAAUACAUUUUGCGCACUUGUUUUCCAAGGCGCGCAAGGCGUUUCAUAAAUAUAUGUUUUCUUCAUAUCAGAAGAGUGAUCAGAAGACAAGUCAGAGCUAGAUUUGCAAAUGAAGAAAGUACUUACUGCUAAUCCCAUUUACGAAGCAAAAGUCAACUAAACCUGGUUUCCUUUUCUAGGCCAGUAAGUUUUUGAGGAAACGCCAAGUCGCAGUUUGUUGGCUGCUGACAAUAACUGGCGGCCUUUAGGUGUGGCAAUUUGAGACCCCCAGGAAGUGUGUUUUGCAUUGUAGCACCGCCGGCUAAAAAUCUUUGUCCUAAUGUGUUGAAAUAUUCCUCAUAAUCCUCCUAAUUUAUACUAUGUUUAGCUGGGCUAUAUACCUACCUACAGCUGAUGCUCUGACCGCAUCAUUCUUCAACCACAAUAUUUGUAGCUUGAAGUUUUUCAGUAUAUUAAUCAUUUGUAAUCAAUAUGACACUUCCUCUAUGUGCCACUGAGGUACAUGAUAUGGUAUAAUUGGUAUCCUAAAAUAUGUCUCAGAAAUAAGCGUACCUAACGUCAAUGUUAUUUAUUCGAGUGUAAUUUUUAACCUCAAGGUUAUGAUUUGACAGCCCAUUGGCAUUCCCUGAACAACAUUUUUAUGGUGCCACUUUGAACUCACUUUUGCCGUGAAAUUUAUAAUUAGGUUUGUCAGUGUCGUCAUUUGUCUCAAUGUCGUUACUGUAGUCUCAGUUGAAAUUAUAGUUUUAAUCGUUACUUUGUGGUUGUUUUAUUUUUUAAUUUUUCAUCAUCAUACGUCUGUUGUAGUCAGAGUAAUUUCAUUUGUUUGUAUUUUAUUUUGUGAUUUUUCAGUAUGUGUAAUGUCUAUCAGUGAAACCUUUUCAUUUGGUUUUGUCUUUAAUAUGGAGAUAGGGAUGUCGUUGUUGUCUCUUUUUCUCUAUCAGUUGUCGGUGGAAAUUAUUUUUUUUUGUAGUUUUCUAUAUACCUACUUUGCGGCCCUUGUAAUUUGCUGGAUGGUUGUCUUCGCACACUUUUACUUUAUCAGAUCUAGAUUUAUGUCGUCAAUCUCGUAAUAAUGUAAUACCUACAUAUUAUAAAACAAAAUUGUCUAUAAAAUAUUAUGUAUCGCAACGUAUUUGUUUUGUGUCGUCAAAAUUUUAUAGUCUAUGAUUCAUAUGGCCAGUUUGCGAUAGUCUAUGGAAUAAUCUUAUUCGUUUAUUCCACGUGAAUAAGCCUAGAAAUUUACUAAAUAUAGUACAGAGUUCUCUUAUAUGCAUAGUAUUUUUUUGUACAUAUUUUCUAUGAUAUCAACUAAAUAGUCAUUGUAAAAUUACAGACUUAUAAAAUAUUGUUUUUAUAAUUUUAUCUAGUUAUUUGAAAGGGAAUUGGAUUUUUUUUGCAAAUAGUGUACUUCAUUUUUGUGUUUUGAAGUAGAUUAUUAGAUUUAAUUUUGCUUUCCUAAAUUCGUUACGCGUCGGUUGUACCUAUGAUUAAUUUUUUUUUUCUCAAUUCGGAAUUGCUUUGAAAUUGCUUCGUACUUAGAAAACUAAUACAAGAACUCGUUUGGUAUAUUGAGCUCUGUAAGGUAGAGUUACUUGCGCCCUGCAAUACAUGUAUGUAGUAGAAGAUCUUUCCAUUGUAUCAGAGGUUAGAAUCAAAACCAUUGCCAAAUAGUCAUUGGGCCCUCAACACCUACAUUGUAAUUGCAACUUCCAUUUGGUUAGUAUAUUACUUGCGUAUGGUUUUGAUCCUUCCCUCACUUUGUUACCAAAAAUAUGACAUAUUCUUCGUAUAAUUUCUCUUGUAAAUAAGAGAUAAAUACUUUUGUACCUGUUUGAGCGGAUCAUUAGUGUUUAAAGAAAUAAAAUCACAGCGAGUUUCUUCAUAUUCGGAAUUACAUACCUAGAUAUUAAACAUUGAUAAACAUUUUACGGUUAAAUAUAAUAUGCGCACGAUUACUGUGACUAAAAUAUAGUUAAAUUAUUUGUGGUAUAUAAACACAAUCCCCAUACAAUACUAACAUAUCCAAAAUAUUUUUUUUAUCAAUAUCUACAAUAUACUCUUUGAUUUUACAGCUUUUUAUCAUUGUAAAUUCAAACAAUUCUUAUCGUAAAGACCAUCGAGAAUGAGAUUUAAUUUGCCUAAUAUUGAUACAAUUACAUACCCAAACUGAAAGGCCUAUUGGGGUUGAAUAUACAAUGAUAAGAACAUUUUUUUAUAAACAGUUUUAAGCGUUAUAUUGCAAACCCAAAUUAUUGAAACAAUGUAUCCAAAUACGUUUUACGGUAUGUUAUAUUAGAGAAAAUAUCGAUUUGGUGGAUGCUUCACUUCACAGCCGAAUUCAUUGGCUUUUAAUUCAGUUUUUGUAUCCGUCGAUAUUUUUUCGCAACAUUUCCCUUCUCAACCCAUUGUCACAGAGUUUUUUUUAUUAUGUAUUUUCUUAAAUUUCUCUGCCGUAUCACAUUUUAUUGUGCUAUAUAUUGGUUAUUUAGUUUAGACAUAAGUUUUUCUGCGAAUUUAAUUAAACCAAAUAUUUAUGGCAGUGGGUUUUGAAUGGGAAUAAUUUUGUUCCCCUGUGGAAUAUUGUAGGUUACUUUUAUUAUAAUUUGUAUCGUUCGCAAGUCGGCGUGUUUUGGAGUGUGUCUCGUUAUUAUCUAGUAGACGCUUGAACAAUAAAUACCUGUACCUUAACAAA